UCAGAAAAAACAAAGCUAGGUGGUGGCUUCGAUAUGGGUUGAUCCAACAGUCUUAGUUGUGAUCUAUACCCUGAGAGACGUGUCUAAGUAAAAAAAAAUACCAUGGCAUCUUCAAAAUUGUUGUUGGUAUGUGCCAUUUUGGCCAUCUUCUCUGCCUCGGCUUCCGCUGGUCUCUUGGAUGCCAUUUUCCCCACCAUAAUGCAGGAGCACUAUAGCUUUGCUCCCAGCAAGGAAGGCUAUCGUUUCAACUUGGAGGAACCCGAUGGCAGCAAACGCGAAGAAGUCGGCAUGAUUAUGAAUCCCGGUACACCCGAAGAAGAAUUGGUCGUUAUGGGUACCUACUCUGUGUACGAUGACAAGACUGAUACUGAAACCAUCACCAUGUACACUGCUGACAAGGAUGGUUACAAGGCCCGCUACAUGUUGAAGAACCGUAAACUGAGCCCUGGUUCAUUGAAAUCCUUGUCUGGUUGAUUCUCUCUCGAAGUCUUUUUUGUACAAAUUAUUAAGUCAUUAUUUUGUAGCUUUGCUUUGUUUUUUUUUUUUUUUACUUUUUUCUUUUCAAUGCCUAUGAGAUUGUUUAAUAAAAAAAUUACAAAUUAGUUA